AUUCUCAGUUCUGGUCAAGAAAACCCCCGAAGUCGAAGAUCGAGUUCUGGCUUUAUAGAUCUCUCCAUUUUCACCGGUGCCUUUGUAGAUCGAAACACAGCUGAGCUCGCCUACCUCAAGCCUCAAGAGAUCUUGUGAGGCAGUAUGUCAAUGAUUGACGAGCCUCUGUAUCCUAUUGCGGUGCUGAUUGAUGAGCUGAAGAAUGAAGAUAUUCAGCUUAGGUUAAACUCUAUCCGCCGCCUCACUACGAUUGCCCUAGCUCUUGGGGCGGAGAGGACACGCAAGGAAUUGAUACCUUUUUUAUGCGAGAACAAUGAUGACGAUGAUGAAGUGCUCCUUACAAUGGCUGAAGAACUGGGGAUUUUUAUUCCCUAUGUUGGAGGUGUGGAUUAUGCAAAUGUUCUGUUACUGCCAUUGGAGACUCUCUGUACGGUUGAGGAGACUUGUGUAAGGGACAAGGCAGUGGAGUCCUUGUGUAGAAUUGGUGCUCAGAUCAGGGUGCAGGACUUGGUUGAGUACUUUAUUCCAUUAGUGAAGAGGUUGGCUGGUGGUGAGUGGUUUACUGCUCGUGUUUCCUCUUGUGGCUUGUUUCAUAUUGCGUACCCAAGUGCACCAGAGGCAUUAAAAACUGAACUAAGAGCAAUCUACAGUCAGCUGUGCCAAGAUGAUAUGCCAAUGGUCAGGAGAUCUGCUGCUACAAAUCUUGGAAAAUUUGCUGCUACUGUUGAAGCAGCUCAUCUGAAGACUGAAAUAAUGUCUAUGUUUGAUGAUCUAACACAGGAUGACCAAGAUUCUGUUCGGUUACUGGCUGUUGAGGGUUGUGCAGCCCUUGGAAAGUUGUUGGAACCUCAAGAUUGUGUGGCACAUAUUCUCCCUGUCAUAGUUAAUUUCUCACAGGAUAAGUCGUGGCGUGUCCGUUAUAUGGUAGCAAAUCAAUUGUAUGAACUAUGUGAAGCUGUUGGUCCUGAGCCUAGCAGGUCGGACCUUGUUCCUGCAUAUGUUCGGCUACUUCGUGAUAAUGAAGCUGAAGUGCGCAUAGCUGCUGCAGGGAAAGUAACUAAGUUUUGUCGAAUUUUAAAUCCAGAUCUUGCAAUUCAACAUAUUCUUCCUUGUGUCAAGGAGCUGUCAACAGAUUCUUCCCAGCAUGUGCGAUCUGCCUUGGCUUCAGUGAUAAUGGGAAUGGCACCUGUUUUAGGAAAGGAUGCAACAAUUGAGCAAUUGCUUCCUAUAUUCCUCUCUCUGCUGAAAGAUGAAUUUCCUGAUGUCCGACUAAACAUCAUUAGCAAGCUUGAUCAAGUCAACCAGGUGAUUGGAAUUGAUCUGCUAUCCCAAUCUCUAUUGCCAGCAAUUGUGGAGCUUGCGGAGGAUAGGCAUUGGAGGGUUCGGCUUGCAAUAAUAGAAUACAUACCUUUGUUGGCAAGUCAGUUGGGUGUUGGGUUCUUUGAUGAUAAGCUUGGGGCUCUUUGCAUGCAAUGGUUAAAAGAUAAGGUUUACUCAAUUCGUGAUGCAGCUGCUAAUAAUGUGAAACGCCUUGCAGAAGAAUUUGGGCCAGAGUGGGCAAUGCAGCACAUUGUUCCACAGGUUUUGGAUAUGAUUAAUAACCCUCAUUAUCUGUAUCGAAUGACCAUUCUGCAUGCAAUUUCUCUACUUGCCCCUGUUAUGGGUUCAGAUAUCACUUGCUCAAAACUUCUUCCUGUGGUCAUUAAUGCUUCAAAAGAUAGGGUACCCAACAUCAAGUUCAAUGUGGCCAAGGUGUUGCAGUCACUUAUCCCUAUUGUUGAUCAGUCAGUGGUGGAGAAAGCUAUCCGUCCAUGCUUGGUGGAGUUGAGUGAAGAUCCAGAUGUUGAUGUUAGAUUCUUUGCCAACCAAGCAUUACAAUCAAGCGACCAGGUUAUGAUGUCAAGUUAGAUAAUGUCAUUAGUCCCUCUGUUCUUUUUUGUCACAUCUGCUUUUCUCUCUGUUAUUUUUUGCCCCUGAAAUUCAGAAAGUCAUUUUACUGUCAGAUGUAAUAUCUUGCUGCGUUGCUAUGAAGUCCUUCAGUGGGAUUCUGAUCUUUCUAUGCUUUGAAUGGUACUCUGGCGUAUUUUUUGGUACACCAGAUGAUUUCUCUUCCCAUAAUCACCCCCCAACCCACUUCAAGGAUUCGAACUUGGAUCUGUAACUUAGGAGUCACAGGUUACAAACCGCUUGAGACCAUCCUCUUUGGAUCGAAUGGUACCCUCGUAUGUGCAACUUUAGCAAAAGAAGUAACUUUCCUUACGUGUAUUUUAGUGGAGUUAUGUGCCAAUGUUAUGGUGAAAUGUUCAGCCAAUUGCUUCAAUCUCCUCUCAGCUAUGGAAUAGUACUGUCUAAGGAUUUAAAAUUCAGUUUCAAUCAUCGAUGAAAAAUAAACAAAAACCCUUUAGCAUCUCAUUUAUUCGCAAAUUUGUUUGUUUAAAUCAAUUGUAUGGAAAUUAGUCAACGGAAUGAUACUUUGUUCAAGAAUAGCAUAUCAGGGAAUAGCAGCGGUCUUUCUUCAAUAAUCUAAAGUCAUUCUU